AUGUCACAAGGCACAUUGUUUGCGAAUUUCCGUAUUAGAACCUGGUUACCUCGCGCAAUUGUGAAAAGCUUGAGUUUGGACGUUAAGAUCUUGGAGCCAGAGAGCAACGUAGAGUACUGGUCUAAGUUGUUCCCAUUGAAGAAAGUUCCAUGUUACGUUGGUUCUGAUGGGUUUAAGUUAACGCAACAGCUUGCAAUCUUAGUUUACUUGGUCAACUUGAGCGAUAACAAUGCUGAGAUCCAGCGUCUACUAGGUAAGGGCAACAAGGAAAAAGCUGAGGUGUUGCAAUGGCUAUCUCUUGCCAAUACAGACUUGUGCCUAGCUUUUACUCGCGGUGCAUUCCCGUUGAACGGCAGAAGCCCUUACAAUAAGAAACAAGUGGAUGACGCAUAUGCAGAAUUGGACAGACUUGUCCAAAGGUACGAACAACGUUUGAACGACCACAAGUACCUCGUUGGUGACCGUGCGUCCCUUGCAGAUUAUUUGAGUGCUAUUAUUUUCACUAGGAUCUUCGAGACUUUGUACGGAAAGAAAUGGCGUGAAGAACAUGCAAAGUUGACGCAAUGGUUCACUAAUAUCACUGAAGAUCCAUUCGUGUCUUUCUUAUGGGAGGGUAUUACACUCUGCGACGAACCAUUGCCAAACCCACCAACCAAAUGA